AGGAGGCGAAAGGAAUAGAUAGAAUAAGAGAGAGAGAGAGAGAGAGAGAGAGACAUACGAGCAUUUUCCAUCUCUAUACGCAGCUCCCAGCAUCUCCGUCAGUCGUUUCUCUCUGUUUUGCAUUUUCCUCUGCAACUAAAGAGAAAAAUGGGAGAGGAAGGGAAGAAACCAGAAGAAAAGAAGGUAGAAGAAGAGAAGAAAACAGAAGGAGAAGUCAAGAAAGUAGAAGAGAAAAAGGAAGAGAAGAAAGAGGAGAAAAAAGAAGAGAAGAAAGAAGAAAAAGCGGAAGAAUCGAAAGAAUCUAAGGAAUCUCCACCACCUCCUCCCCCAGAAGAGUUCCUCUACAAAGUAUUCAUGCAUUGCGAAGGAUGCGCUCGAAAAGUUAAGAGAUCCCUCAAAGGAUUCGAAGGCGUUGAAGAUGUCGUAACGGAUUGCAAGGUGCAUACGGUGUUAGUGAAGGGGAAGACAGCCGAUCCGUUGAAGGUCUUGGAUCGAAUCCAAAGGAAGAGCCAUAGGAAGGUGGAACUCCUCACUCCUCUUCCAAAACCCCCUCCCGAAGAUCCGAAGAAGAAAGAAGAAGAGAAACCGAAGCCAGAAGAGAAGAAAGAAGAGCCGCAGGUGAUUAUUGCUGUGCUGAAAGUUCACAUGCAUUGCGAAGCCUGCGCACAGGAAAUCAGGAAAAGAAUAAUGAAAAUGAAAGGAGUUCAAUCGGCCGAUCCUGAUCUGAAGAGUUCUCAAGUGACUGUGAAAGGCGUCUUCGAUCCGACGAAGCUGGUGGAGUAUGUAUACAAGAGAACUGGAAAACAUGCAGUGAUUGUGAAACAAGAGCCGGAGAAGAAGAAAGAAGAAGGAAAGGGAGAAGCAGGAAAGGAAGAGAAGAAGGAAGAGAGUGGAGAGAAAGAGAAAGAGAAAGGGAAAGGAGAGGAAGAGAAGGAUAAGAAGAAAGAAGGAGAAGAGGGGAAAGGCGGAGAAGGUGGAGAAGAGACGAAGGUCGUGGAAAUGAUUAGGAACGAGUUCUACUACUACUAUCCGAAAUACACCAUGGAAUACGUAUAUCCGCCGCAGAUUUUCAGUGAUGAAAACCCGAAUGCUUGUUCGGUUAUGUAGAAUUAUACGGGUAGAGUACGGUAUAUUCCGUAUUCCUCUUUUUAAAAUUAAAUACAUAUGUUUUGUAUUACGUGUCUCGUUGGAGUAUAAAUCUACGGAGCAAACUGUAGAAUCAUGAGUGUAUUUUGGGAUGUACUCAAUGUCGUAUAUAUAAAUGUAGCACUCUUUUGUCUUUUA